AUGAUGCUCAUGAGGAGCAGAGCUCAGCAUCUCUAGUGUCCCAGCAGCAGCAGCAGGAUUCCUCAGCAGGACAGAGUGUGGUGGGAGGGGCGGACAUAGCAGCAGCAGCAGUGUAGACUGGGGUCCAACAUCCACUCUGCUCCCCCCACCCCCCUCCUCCACUUCCACAGCACUUGGGACCCCCAUGUGUGCGUGUGCGUGUUAAAGCUCCUCCGUGAAACAGGAAGCGGCGAGGCAGAGGGAAGUUUCCGUGGAUUUAGCAGCGCGGGAAGCUUCACGUGUGUUUUUUGUCGCUGAGGGGUUUCUUCUUCUUCGCUCGGUUUUAUCGGUACAGCAGAACAAUUGCUUGGUGCAGCUGCAUCGGGGAGAAGGCUCUGGAGGAGGAGACACUGCGGGACGUGAUGACUGACAAACAAGCUGCGACAGAGGAGAUAGUACCAGAUACCAUGGCUAAUCCUUCCCCAGCAAAGAGCAUGGGCGACCCUGGAAUUACUCCACUGUCUCCUACACACACUCAGCAGAACGAAACAGACCAGGUUCAGACACAGCUCUCCUUUGUGGUGGUGGUUGCCAUUGACUUUGGCACCACAUCCAGCGGUUAUGCUUACGCCUUCACUAAGGAGCCAGAGUGCAUUCACACCAUGAGACGUUGGGAAGGCGGAGACCCUGGUGUGUCCAAUCAGAAGACUCCAACCACAAUCCUGCUGACUCCAGACAGGAAGUUCCACAGUUUUGGCUAUGCUGCGCGCGACUUCUACCAUGACCUUGACCCCAGCGAGUCAAAACAAUGGCUCUACCUAGAAAAAUUCAAAAUGAAGCUCCACACCACUGCUAAUCUGUCCACUGAAACAGACCUCCAUGCAGCCAACGGGAAGCGAGUGAAAGCUCUGGAUAUCUUUGCAUAUGCAUUGGCCUUCUUUAAGGAGCAAGCACUAAAGGAGCUGAGUGACCAGACAGGUGGUGACUUUGACAACAACGAUGUGAGAUGGGUGAUCACAGUUCCUGCCAUUUGGAAAAUGCCGGCGAAGCAGUUCAUGAGGGAAGCUGCCUAUAAGUCUGGUCUGGUGUGCCGUGAAAACCCAGAGCAGCUGAUCAUCUCCUUAGAACCCGAGGCAGCAUCAAUCUACUGCCGCAAGCUCCGCCUCCACCAGAUGGUGGACCUGGGCACCCAGACCACCCAGAACGGCUUCAGCCCCACUGACAACGCAGGGAGUGCAACCAACCAAGCCAAGGAGCAUGUUCGGCGCAACCGGCAGAGCCGCACCUUUUUGGUGGAAAAUGUCAUAGGGGAGCUUUGGUCGGAGCUGGAAGAAGGGGAUCGUUAUGUAGUGGUGGACUGUGGUGGAGGAACAGUGGACCUGACUGUUCAUCAGAUCCGUCUUCCAGAGGGACAUCUGAAGGAGCUCUAUAAGGCCUCAGGUAAAAAGACCCACAGUGUAACACAAGGUGGCUUCGCUCUGUUUCCUGCACACGGUCUUACCUUGACGAAAUGUUCUGAUCAGUCACAAUCCCCUCUUUUCCCAGGUGGCCCCUACGGCUCUAUCGGUAUUGACUACGAAUUUGAGAAGCUGCUGUGUAAGAUCUUUGGUCAGGAUUUCAUCGACCAAUUUAAGAUCAAGAGGCCGGCCGCCUGGGUGGACCUGAUGAUUGCGUUCGAGUCUCGGAAGAGAGCAGCGGCCCCGGAACGUACCAACCCCCUCAAUAUUAACCUGCCUUUCUCCUUCAUCGACUACUACAAGAAGUUCAGGGGCCACAGCGUGGAACAUGCCCUGCGCAAGAGCAAUGUGGAUUUUGUUAAAUGGUCGUCUCAAGGGAUGCUGAGGAUGAGUCCAGACGCUAUGAACUCCCUCUUCAAACCCACCAUAGAUCACAUCAUCCAGCAUCUCACCGAGCUAUUUGAGAAGCCAGAGGUGAGCCACAUUAAGUUCCUGUUCCUAGUGGGAGGUUUUGCUGAGUCACCCUUGCUACAGCAUGCCGUCCAGAACAUGCUCCAGGGCCGCAGCCGCAUCAUCAUCCCACAUGACGUCGGCCUCACUAUUCUGAAAGGUGCCGUGCUGUUCGGCCUGGACCCCAGCAUUAUCAAAGUCCGCCGCUCGCCCCUCACAUACGGUGUGGGCGUCCUCAACCGCUUUGUUGAGGGCAAGCAUCCACCAGAGAAGCUGCUGGUAAAGGAUGGCACCCGAUGGUGCACUGACGUUUUUGACACCUUCAUCGCGGCAGACCAGUCCGUGGCGCUGGGUGAGAUGGUGAAACGGAGCUACACGCCAGCCAAGCCUUCCCAGCAGGUUAUCGUCAUCCACGUCUAUUGCUCGGAGAAGGAGAGGGCUGGGUUCAUCAGCGAGCCCGGGGUCAGGAAGUGCGGAACACUUCGUUUGGAUGUGAGUGGAACGGAAAGCACAGCGCCACGCCGUGAGAUCCAGACGCUCAUGCAGUUUGGAGACACAGAGAUUCGGGCCAUGGCAGUGGAUGUGUCCACUGGACGCACUGUCAAAGCUAGCAUUGACUUCCUCAGCCACUAAGUAGACCAUGAGAGCUAAUGUAACAGAAUUAUUGGAAGUAUACGAAAUGGAAAAUACAGCUUACUCACAUACAUGCAUAGACAUACAUACACAUAUAUACACACACAUUCACAUACAGAACCAACAAGCUGGGGAUAUUUACUUGAAAGUGUUUAAGGAUAUUCAAUCUCAAGGCCCAUUUACUCUCAGUUUAUAAGGGGCAGAAUUUUAAUGAAAGUUCUUAAACUUAAACGCGGGAUUACAUUCAACUGUAGAAUCUGAAAAGAAAACGUGUCUUUUAAGGUCUGUCUAUUCACGUCCGUCCCAGUAGUUAAUUUGCUGACAAGCUCCACAGUGUUCACACAAUCAUAACAAACCCAUGUACCCCCAUAGGACACAGCUGCAUCUGCACAGGGUCAGAUUUAGGAGCUUGUUAUCAAAAUUAGUCAAACCAGAUAAUAAUCCAACACAACCCUGGUGGAAACAUUCAGAACACGUCUUUGCAUGCUUCAGUUUCUUUAUUGCCGCAGCAGGUCAUCGUAUUUCAGCAAUGAUUCUGAUUUCCACUGUACUUCACAGCAAUUCUUAGGGCCAUUCCAGUGGUUUUGCAUUAUUCCUUUGAGCGUUCUGUAAACCGUUAACACGUCACACAGCUACACACAGCAUAUCGAUAGCAAUCCUCUGAACAGGUUCUUAGUUACCUUCGGUAUAGUGCUGUUGCAAAGGCUAACUGUGGGUGUCAUGUUCUCACCUAAUAGAGAUGAAAUGGUUAACGUGUUAGCAAACACCCCACUAUUCACAUGUGGAGGACAUAGAGACCUGUAUGGAGACAUUAGCAUCAAUGCUUCCUCUCCUUUUUUAACUCUGCCACCAGCUACCUGUUUCCUGUUUGCUGCUGGUCUGUGGGUUUAUCUUACGAGUGAUGAAGACAGUGAGACUGAACCAACCUGUAAAAUAGUAAAACCAAAACAGUCCGCUUAAAGAUGCUCAAAUCUGUAGAGCUGAGGAGAAACUGCAGCUGAUUGACAAAUAACCUUUUUGUUAACAGGGAAAUAAUGAUAAUGAAGAUACUUGGCUAAUGAGGCGUAACAGUUAAAUACAGGUAGUAUUUGUUUUAGUCCAGUUAGAGCUGUUAAAUACACAACAGCUCAAGAGGAAAAUGGCAACUUUAUAGAUUCAGGUUUUUAUUGACCCUCCUAAUUGACUCUGAGUACUGAAGAAAAUCACCUAUUACCAUAAAGGUACAGCGUUUAAAACUCAAACCAACCAGUAAAUCUACUUUUCAAUCAUGCAAAGCCACCAGUCUGGUUCUAAAGGAACGUGCUGUGAGCUCAGUCUGAAAAUCAUGUGCAGCCAUCAGAUGUGCUUAAUUGUUGCUUUUAUUUCUUUUUGCUUCUGACUAAUAGAUGUGGACUAAACGCCACUCGCUCACUUGAAUAUUUUGAAGCCAUGUGUGACUCCAGUCGAGACAAUGAAGUGUGUUUAUUUCUGUAAAUACAGUAUUUAAAUAUUGUACAGAUUUAUAGCCUUGUUUCAGCAGCUUUAGAGCCAAGAGCGUGAAUUUGUGUUUGUGUGUGUGUGUGGGUGUGGGUGCGUGCGCUUUCUCAUGAACAUCUCAACAUUUCUUUCCACACCAGCCAUAGCAUGAGAGGCCAAGGCAGGUUUGAUUACCUUGUUCAUUCAGAAUGAGAGAUUUAAUGUGUUGCCAGUUGUUUUUAUUUUUUUUUGCAAACAUGAAGAAACUUGAAUACCUCCGUCCUUAAAAAAGCAUUUGAGUGAACAGGUCUGCUGUUAGUUUUGAAAAGAGCAGGAUCUGAAUGUGUCCAGUCCCCCUUCCCAUCCACCCUGCAGCACAGCUUCUGCAGGGAUUUCAUUGUGAUUCAUUGCAAAUUCAGCAACUAAUUAUUUCCAAGAAAUAAAAACUAGAGCUGUCAAAUAUAUUAAACAUGUUUGUGUUUUUACAGCUGAGGCAUAGUCACACGAGCCAAAAGCCACAGUUCCACGUGGCUAUGAAAGGUAACGUUUUAAGUCUUAAUUGAAAGAGUGCCUAGUGUGAAUAAAUUGUGAGGUCGGGAGUCACUCAUCCAAUCGGAACAUGCGGUGUUUGCCUUUGCCCUCUUGACGAUAUACUGAAGCUUUAUAUACGUGUGAGCUCAGACGUAAUCCCUGAGAAUCACACUGAUCCAAACAUUAACACGCUCAUCUAACGUUCUCGUGAAAGUACGUGUGUAGGUUGAGUUAAAGGGCCGUUACUGAGUUCUCUCUGAUCUUCAUUGACCCCUGCUGGCAGCAAGGAGAAGCAACCCUGGUGGAAAACCUCGUUCAAGCUCAGUGAUGUAACAACGUAAAACAUCACGUAGCGGCUGGUUGUGGGUGGUUUGUUACUCAUUCGGCAGAGCAGGAUUACUUAACGACUGGAAGGUUUGACAGCUAGCAUGGAAGCGUCCUCUUUUGUGCCUCUACGGGGGGUUUGAUUCUUUAAAGGUCAAAACUGACUAAAUAGUUUGUGAAAAGUCAUGUGUGAAGGUCUCAGUAUGAUUCAGAGUAACUUCAGUAGGUUUCCGCCUCUUUCGACUCUUAGUUUUAUUGCAAUAAUGAGUACUUUCAGGGGAGUGUCCUGUCCGGCCGUCUUUCUUUCCUGGUGUGACCAAAGUAGAUGUGAUGCACCAGUUGCUUUGUAAAGUGGGUUUGAUUGGCAGGUUGUCUGUCUUGAAAAGUAGAAAAAUAUGCCCAUAUGUACUUUGCCUCCAUAAUUCAGUAAAAGAUUUUGCACUGGUUGCAUUUAAAUACACAGAUUUCAUUCUAAAACAUUGCUGUGAUAAAUGCUGCGGUGUCCGAGGACCUUGGACUGAAGGUGGCAUUUGCUUUUCCUUCCUGGUUCAGCAGAUCCAGAGGGAGACUGUGCAUCCAGUUCAAUGCAUGACCAUGUGUUACCACAGCCCAACACAGAUCAGUGGGGAAUCACGUGUCACACAGACUCAGCUUGUGAAAUGUUGCCGAGCUGGACAUGAAACAAAAAGAGUCAACAUAUCACCGUGAUGAAUACUCAAAGAACAAUAAAACACACAGAUAUAUUAGUAAUUAUAUGCUGCAGUGUUUUAGAUUAUAACCACUUUUAAAGCCAUUUCCUUUGAUUCCUUAUUUUAACUGUGAAUGGAAAGUUAUCUCGCUCAGUGUCUGUGCACAAAUAUGCACAAGCUUAAAUGCUCUUCACUCCUACCGGCACUGUCUGCAAUGCAUGUUUCGCAUGUGUCACACAGGAAUGACUACACAACACGUCGCUUUUACUAAUACACAAAGUCAGGGUUACUACCGACGAUGAAUAUGGUGAUGAAGAUGGAAACUGCGGUCUUGGUUGUGUGUAAAACCCUGCUGCUUUCUGAGCUGUUGUAGAUAACGUUACUGAUGGCAGCUCCUAACUCCUAUAGCAAGGCCACACAUACUGUACUGAUGAUGACUAACCUUAUAACCUUUGAUUCCUACUACACUUCACUGCUUUGACAAUUGAUGGAUCUCAAGUGGAAGAAUAUUAUAACACCACGGUCUGUUUUCGUCCUUGGAUAGAUAAUGACAUUAUUGUAUUUUGUUCGGCUUUGAGUAUUAUACGAUGCACAGGACGCUAUUUUGUAGCAGCUUUAUAAGUAAAGCUAUGAUAAAAUGAUAUGAAGACAUGUAUUAGCUUCUGUUGCUUGCACACAAGGCAGCUGAUGCCAGAGGUGGAGUAUCUGAGUGGGUGUGAUUUGAGGUAGCAGCUUGCAUCAUGUACAAGUAUCUGCUUUACACUAUCUAGACAAAAAUAAUAGAAAAUAGGUAAAAAAAAAUUGCAUAUAAACUGAUUGAGCUUGUAGUUAGGAUCCUCUCAGCCACUGUGGAACUUAACACAAUGUAAACUUUGUUCUUUUAGUCCUUUAUUGAUGAUGCAAAGGAGUUUUAUUUGUGUUUUUUUUUUUCAUUAUCUUCAGUUACUUAAAUGUGUUGUUCUCUUGCAAUCUUCACACAGUAAUGGAUAUUUUUCUUGAUCAAUGCCAGGUAUUCACUGUCAGACUGUCACCAAUAAAAUGUACGAGUAUUUCAAACAA